ACGUGGCUCUACAAUUGAUGAUGGAGUUCCCAUUCCUCUCCUUCCCAAUUCUUUUCACAUUCCUGCUCUUUCUGUCCAUGGUAUUCAAAAUAGUAUCUAAAACCCCAAAACUGCCUCCUGGACCAUGGAAGCUACCUCUAAUAGGAAACAUUCACCAAUUUGUGGGAACUCUACCCCAUCACUGCCUAAGAGAUUUGGCCAUGAAACAUGGACCUCUGAUGCACCUGCGACUUGGACAACUUUCUAUCGUUGUCAUUUCUUCAGCAAAAACUGCAAAAGAGGUGAUGAAAACACAUGACAUCGUCUUUGCUAGCAGACCUUUUAAUCUUUCUGUAAAUAUAAUAUCCAAGUAUGACAUUGCCCUCGCACCUUAUGGGGAUUACUGGAGACAACUUCGAAAACUUUGCAUAAUGGAGCUUUUAAGUGUCAAACGUGUCCAAUCAUUCCGACCCAUCAGGGAAGAAGAGACCUCAAAUUUGAUCAAAUCUAUUUCGAUGCAUACAGGAUCUCUAGUCAAUCUCAGUGAAAAGCUUUUGUCGUUGACAUAUAGCAUCACUGCAAAGGCAACCAUUGGUAAGAAAUUCCGCGGGCAAGAAGAAUUCAUAUCACUUAUCAAGGAAGCCAUAGUUGUAGCAGAAGGUUUCAAGGUUGCUGAUCUCUUUCCUUCGGUUAAAAUGCUUGCUUUGAUAACUGGGCUGAGGCCUAGACUUGAGAAGCUUCAUCAAAAACUUGAUAGGGUAUUUACCAACAUCAUUGAUGACCAUAAAGCCAGAAAGAUGGAAACACAGACCGAUGAUGGUGAAGCCAAUCAUGAAGACCUGGUAGAUGUUCUUCUAAAAGUUCAGGAGAAGGGUAACCUUGAGAUCCCCUUAACUAUGGCACACGCCAAGUCAGUUCUCUUGGACAUGUUCAGUGGCGGGAUUGAGACAUCAUCUACAACUUUAAUCUGGGCAAUGUCAGAAUUGCUGAAAAACUCAAGAGUUAUGGAAAAGGCACAAGCCGAGGUGAGACAGGUUUUAAGUGCAAAAGGAAAUAUUGUUAAUGAAGAUGACCUCCAUAAAUUGAGUUACUUAAAGUUAGUUAUCAAAGAAACUCUGAGAUUACACCCUCCUCUCCCUUUAUUACUGCCUAGAGAGAGCAGAGAGAGAUGUGAAAUCAAUGGAUAUGAGAUACCUGCUAAAAGCCAAGUCAUUGUCAAUAUAUGGGCAAUUAGUAGAGAUCCUGAAAAUUGGACUGAUCCAGAGAGUUUUCUUCCAGAAAGAUUCCUUGAUGGUUUAAUUGAUUACAAGGGGACUGAUUUUCAAUAUCUACCAUUUGGUGCUGGAAGGAGAAUAUGUCCUGGCAUGUUGUUCGGGGUAGCUAAUGUUGAGCUUCCACUUGCAAAUUUAUUGUAUCACUUUGACUGGAAACUUCCUGAGGGAGAGAAACAAGAAGAUCUAGACAUGACUGAGGCCUUCGGUGCAGCAGUAUGCAAGAAAAGAGAUCUGUGUGUGAUUCCUAUUGCUUAUAAUCCUUCAACUAGUGAAUAAGAUACUAAGACAAGAAGGUAGAUAGCAUUGGAUGGUCAUUAUUGAAUUUCCAAUUUUAGU